AUGGCAACAGGGAGUAAUAAUGGUCAUAUACUGAAUACUUGUGAUCCAACUUUAUGGUCUGAAGUAGAUCAGCCACUGCUAGGCCAAGUAACAGAACAAUCACGGGACACUUCCUCCCUGAAUGCUGUAGAGUGGUCACUGCGACGUUAUGGCCGAUUUAUGCCUGGAGCUUUGGGCACUGCUUCAGGCUCUUGGAAGGUUUUGGAGUCAAAUGAAGAAUCUGGCUUUCUUGUUCUCAGUAUAGUUAUUUCAGGCCAUUUCUUCAUUUCCAGAGGAAAAGAAGUACUGGAAGGAUUUUCAUUAAUCGGUGCUUCUCAGUGGCUAAAGGUAGUCCGAAAAGCAGAUUGCAUGUUAGUUGGUUCAAAAUUAAAGACCAAACAUCGUAUGUUCCGUAUACAGUUUACUGGAGACUCCAAAGCUCAGGCAGAAGAGCACUGCCAUAACUGCCUGCAGAAACUAGCUGAGUAUAUUCCAAUUCAAGUAACAGGUGCAAUAAGACAGGAACUACGCCAAGGCCACAGUCUGCUUCUCACUGAUGAAAGUCAACUGAAAGAUAUGGAACAAAAUGUACCAGUACAACAUGCUGUUGUAAAUCUACCUCCAAUACGUGGAACAGUGUCUGUAGCAGAGCUGGCGCAGUAUUUGCUGAUAUCAGAUGCUCAACGUCCUCUUGCAUAUCAACAAUCCACAUGGAGUCCUGAAGAUUUAAGCAGUUUUAUUCGCUUGUGCCUAUUGGAUCAACACUUCCCAGCAUUUGUAGAAGAAGUAGAGAAACAGCUAAAAAAACUUAUAGAUGGCUAA